GAAAAAUGAAUUUUCUCGAGAAAAAACGCCCCCACUUUCCCAUACAUAAAAGAUGAAACCCCGAAUCCAAAAUCUAAUCAAACCCACCACCGAUUUCAUUUCCCAAAAUCGCAACUGUCCAAUUCCCAGUUCGUCCAAAAAUUGAAAAUCCAAAAACAAUGGCUUCCAAAACGCUGCUUUUGAUCCUAUUGACGGUGCAAUUCCUCCCGUCCUCCCUCUCUCUGAUUUCCGCGCCGGAGCUCCGCCCUCCCUACGCCACCCCCAGAGCCAUCUCCGAUUUGAAGGAGGCGAUUGUGAAGGGACUAGGGUUUCAAGCGGAGGAUCUGAAGGUGUCGGGGUUCGAUUUGAGGGACGCGCAGGUGGGGCAUUCGGUGGCGUACGAGUUCGACGUGGAGGUGGACAACAAGGUCCUGCCUUUCAAGCUUCUGGAGGACGUCGACCGCUGGGACUACGUCGACUUGCCCAUUUUUAGGGUCGAGGACGAAAAUGGGUUGGUCCAGAAAGGCAAAUCGGGUGGUGGGUUGCCUCCGGUUUUGGCUCCGUUUCAGCUGGCUGGGCCCAUGGAGCUCUGGAUUCAGGACGCCAAAGAUAUGAGGAUUUCGCUUCCUCAUGAUGUGGAUGCUGGUGUGUUGAAGAAGGUGAUAUUGGCAGAAGGGGCUGUGGUCACAGUGAAGGGUGCCAGGUCUGUGAGUCUUCGCCAACCUCUUCAGCUCCCAUUGCCAUUGAACCGAACCAACAAUGGGUUCGCUUCUGGUCUUGUGACCUUGGCUGAAUGGCUGCGCCGUGCUUCCCGAACCCAAUCAUCUCCACUGCUGUCUCUCCGCAUUGUUGGUCCGACUUCCCUCGCAUCACCUUCCUCGACCUCUCCCUCCGUGAACAACAAGCUCAAACUAAAGCGCCUUGCCCCAGGCCUUGUGGAGUUGUCCUCACGAUCAAACACCAAGCCCGUUUCUGUUGAGCUGCAAAACCAAGAGACCACGGCCAUUUUAACCCCUAGCUACUUCAGCACGGUCUGGCCCCUUGCUUCCAUCAAUGGCUCGAACCCUAACUUGGUAGGUUUCGAGUCACUGCUUGCGUCCGUGCUGGGUCCUAAGGCCAAUAAGAAAGGAUCCUUCAAGUUAUUGAAGGCAGAUGUGUCUGCACAGACGUUUUUGAAGAUCGGGUUUGGGGUCGAGAAGAAGCUCAAAGAAGGAGAUGGGAUUGAUUUGAAGGGUUUUCCAGAAUGGAGGACAAAGCCUGAGACCGUGAGGUUGCAUUUUGAGGUGCUGGCUAAGGUUGACGGGGAUAAGAUCAUUCCAGAGAGAGUGGUUCCGGUUAACCCUGUAUUAGUGGAGGACACCGUGGCACCGAGUUAGCUACUGGGCAAUGUCUCCAUGUCCACAGUCCCCAUCAUUCAUCCUCCGGCGAACCCCUAUACCUUGUAAAGUUUUCCGGUUUAGGGUUUACUGAUACAAAAUCUGGAAGUGUAAAGAUAAAACCGAUUUUGUUCCUUUUUUUCUUCAAGCAUGAGGAGUUAGAUGAGGUGUGGUUAUACUAUAAAAAUUUAUGUAAUGGAGUUACCGAGCGUUUAAAUUAAUUUAUGAAACCUUGAUUUAUAUGUAUA